AUGCUGCUCGACACGGACUUGGCGAGUGGUGUGAUCCGCUCGCCGUAUAGUUUUGACAUUCCCCACGCGUUUAUUUUCAACGAAUCCGAGUUUCUGGAGCCCAUCUAUUGCGGUCCCUACAUGGAGAUAGUGAAACACUUCGCCGAGGCAUACCACUAUCGGCUGCUCCUCGAUCCCGUCGAGAGUUUGCCCAAAAAGUCAGUGGUGGAGGAGGACAUUGUCACCGGGGUGUACAACAUUUCGCUCCAUGGGGUUACAAUGCGACCCGACAAGAUCGGUGACUUCUCGGAGGCCACGCGGCACAGCUAUCCGCUGGAGAUGAUGACAAACUGCGUGAUGGUGCCCCUUGCUCCCGAGUUACCCAAAUGGAUGUACAUGGUUUGGCCGCUGGGCAGAUACAUUUGGACAUGCCUCUUCCUCGGCACCUUCUAUGUGGCCCUGCUGCUGAGGUAUGUGCACUGGCGGGAGCCCGGCAAUGCCACCCGCUCCUUCACCCGCAACGUGCUUCAUGCCAUGGCCAUCCUGAUGUUCAGCCCCAACAUGAACAUGACCGUAAAGCUGAAGCAUGCCUCGCUGCGCGUCAUCAUCUUCUACACGCUCCUCUUCGUCCUGGGCUUCAUCCUUACGAACUAUCAUCUCAGUCACAUGACGGCCUUCGACAUGAAGCCGGUGUUCCUGCGACCCAUCGACACCUGGUCGGAUCUGAUCCACUCAAAGCUGCGGAUCGUCAUUCAUGACUCGCUGCUGGAGGAGCUGCGCUGGCUGCCGGACUACCAGGCCCUGCUGGCCAGUCCCUCGCGGGCCUACGCCUAUGUGGUCACCCAGGAUGCCUGGCUCUUCUUCAACCGACAGCAGCGGGUGCUCAUCCAGCCGUACUUCCACCUGUCCAAGGUGUGUUUCGGUGGCCUGUUCAACGCCCUGCCCAUGGGCCCCAAUGCCAGCUUUGCGGAUAGUCUGGACCGCUUCAUCCUGAACGUCUGGCAGGCGGGACUGUGGAACUACUGGGAGGAGAUAGCCUUUCGAUACGCCAAGCAGGCUGGAUAUGCGCGGGUAUUCCUGGACACUUACCCCGUUGAGCCUCUAAACCUGGAGUUCUUCAACACGGCCUGGAUUGUCCUGGUCCUGGGGAUACCAAUUAGCUCACUGGUCUAUUGCUUGGAGCUCUAUAUCUAUCGUCGGCGGGCGAAUCGCCCACAAUACGUCCGAUUUGAAUGCUAUGGGUAGUU